CCGAAUGGGUACCCGAACGUCCACUCCUAAUACUGACCUAUUGACCUUGCUUCUAUGCUGCUACAAACUCCAUGUUGGCACUCCAGCACUGGCAAUUUGGUAAAUUCACAGUAUUUACCAAAAUUAUAUUUCAUUGUCUCUUCACUCUUCCACCUUGUGCUUUCUCGUUUCCCCAUUUAACAAUAGUUGUUAAGACUAUACACACACUGGCACAAGCGCACACACAAACUCACAGAUAUAUAUAUAUUGUGUGUGUAAGCAUGUCUUUGCACGUAAAAGUGAUUAGACACGCAGUUUACAGCUAUCAAAGCAUCGUCGACGUCAAAGACACAUGGCGUCGAUAGUGAUGUUCCUUCGAGCACUGAUGAGUUGCCUUCUUACGCCCAACGAGGAGCCGACCGCGGCGGCUUCUUUGUCAGCGGUGAAACUUUACAGAAAUGUUGCCGGCGAUCAUCACGAGUUUAUUAUCGAAACUACGUGUGGGGUCAACGAUAUGGAUGAAGGGUUUCACUGGAACAUCGUCAAGAACCACUUGUUGAUGUAAGUUUGUGAAGCGUAUUAUAUAAAUAAAUCCAGUUCUUGCAUAAUAUUAAUUACGAGAAAAAGAUAAAAAUAGCACUAAAUCAAGUUUAUGUUUCCAAACUAGCACUCAAAGUCAAAAGUCACAAAAAUAGCACUUAAUGUUUUAUCAAAAGUCAC